AUGCAUCCCCGGCCCCUUUCCCCAUCAGGAGAUAUAGAGCCAUUCACAUCACCGCCGCCCCGCAACGUCCCUGAAGACUAUCCCAACUAUCAGAAAGACCUCAAUGCGGUCAACUUUCGUUUGGAACGGCCCGAUGAAGAAGUAAAAUAUAUGCCCGGCAUUUGGUCUGCCGCAGCAAGCACAGCAGUGUCUGUCUGCAAUGCCCAGACUUCAGAGGAUGACACAGUGCUCUCAACCCUGUCCCGCCACUUCCGCGCAGACAUAAACACCACACAUACCGAUAUCAUCCUUAUAAUAUGUUGCUUUGUGGGUGGUUUAGUGGAUGGGUUAUCAUACAAUGCAUGGGGAAGUUUCUCGAGUAUGCAGACAGGAAACACCGUCUUCCUCGCCUUAGGUGUCUCCGGCCAACCUGCAUAUCCCGCCUAUCUCUGGGCGAAGUCAUUGAUUGCCAUCUCCGUCUUCAUGGCCAGUAAUAUAUUCUUCAUCAAUCUCCAUCGGCUAUUGAGUCCACGACGCCGCUCAACAAUGAUCCUCUCAUUCAGCAUUCAAACCACCGCCCUCCUGGCUACAGCAAUCCUCAUUCAACUCAGCGUCAUCACACCCAAGCCAGAGGACCCCCGCGCCCCAAUCGAAUGGAUGCAAAUCCUGCCCAUCUCCCUCCUUGCCUUCCAAGCAGGAGGUCAAAUCUGUGCAUCUCGCAUCCUAGCACUAGAUGAGAUCCCCACCGUGGUUGUAACCACGCUAAUCUGCGAUCUCCUCGUUGAUCCAAAGCUCACUGCCAAAAAUAACCCGAAGCGCAACCGUCGCGCAGGGGCUUUCCUGGCACUUUUCUUCGGUGCUAUGACUGCGGGUGGAUUGUCCAAGACUACGGUUAUGUCUUCCAGUAUCUGGCUUGCCAUGGGGCUGAAGUUGAUCAUUACCCUUGGGUGGGUGAUUUGGAGACAGGAGGGGAGGGGAAAGAGUGUCUCGGAGGUGUGA